GCUGUGACUUGGGUUUUUCCUUUUCCUGUGGCUUUUAGCUCAGAAGAACGGUGUGCCAGGGACUCCCUCCAGCUCUUCCCAGUCCCAGGCUUGUGUGGCCCUUUCUGAAGUUCCAGCAAUAAUGAGGGGUGGAAGAGUGAAGAUCUGUGUGUGUCUCUGUUCCCAUCACACUUAUUGACAGAUGUGAGUGGGAUAGCGUGCAGGGAGUGUGUAGAAGUGAAAGAGGAAGGGGAGAGGAGACGGACAGACGGAUUCUGUGGGCUCAGUUCCAGCAUCCCUUAGCGGGGAGCACCCUUCAGUGGCCAGCUCCGAGAUGAAGGCUGCCUGGAAAAUCCUCCUAGCUCUGCAAUUCCUCCUGCCACUUCUCACCCCGGGCUCUCCAGCCCAUGAAGUCUCCAGAGGCCACACCUGUGUAGGGUGUGUGUUGGUGGUGUCCAUAAUUGAACAGCUUGCUCAAGUCCACAACUCUACAGCCCAGGCCACGAUGGAGAGACUGUGCAGCUACCUGCCUGAAAAACUGUUCUUGAAAACCACCUGCUAUUUAGUGGUUCACAUAUUUGGAUCAGACAUCAUAAAACUGCUUAGUGCCGAUAUGAAUGCUGACGUGGUAUGUCACUCCCUGGAGUUUUGUAAACAGGACGCUGGCCAACCCUUGUGUCAUCUCUACCCAGCUCCCAAGGUGACAUGGAAAUUUACACUGGAGAAGGCAAGACGAAUUGUCAAGAAAUCCCAGACUGUGAAAUAUCCUAGAAGUGGUUCUGAUAUUUGUUCACUUCCGUUUUUGGCCAAGAUCUGUCAGCAAAUUAAAUAUGCUAUAGAAAAUUCUGUGCCAUUCAAAGAUGUAGAUUCAGACAAAUACAGUGUUUUCUCCACACUGCGGGGCUAUCACUGGCGAGGCCGAGACUGUGACGACAGAAACAGGAUGGCGUACCCUGGCAGAAGGCCAGACAGCUGGGAUGCACAUCAAGACUCAAACUGUAAUGGCAUUUGGGGCAUUGAUCCAAAAGAUGGAAUUCCAUAUGAGAAGAAAUUCUGUGAAGGUUCACAACCCAGGGGGAUCAUUUUGCUGGGAGACUCAGCUGGGGCUCAUUUUAGUAUCUCUCCCAAAUGGAUCACAGCUUCACAGAUGUCUUUGAGCACCUUAGUCAAUUUACCAACAGCUCUUACUGAUGAGCUCGACUGGCCCCAAUUCUCUGGAGCUACUGGAUUUCUGAAUUCCACCAGUGGAAUUAAAGAAAGGUCUAUUUACCUUCAUUUACGGAAAAGAAACCGCUGCAAUCACAGGGACUACCAGAAUAUUUCAAAAAACGGUGCAUCUUCCCAAAACUUGGAGAAAUUUAUAAAAAGUUUGUCUAGGAACCAACUGUUGGACUAUCCAGCCAUCGUCAUAUAUGCCAUGAUUGGAAAUGACGUCUGCAAUGAGAGGAAGGACACAGUCCCACACAUGACCACUCCUGAGAAAUUAUUCUCCAAAGUCAUGCAAACUCUGAAGCAUCUAAAUUCCCACCUGCCUAAUGGAAGCCAUGUUAUUUUAUAUGGCUUAGCAGAUGGAACCUUUCUCUGGGAUAAUUUGCAAAAUAGAUAUCAUCCUCUCGGCCAGCUAAAUAAAGACGUGACCUAUGCACAACUCUACUCCUUCCUGAACUGCCUCCAGGUCAGCCCCUGCCACGGCUGGAUGUCUUCCAACAAGACGCUCCGGAUGCUCACUUCAGAGAGAGCAGAACAACUCUCCACUACACUGAAAAAAAUUGCCACCAGCCAGAAAUUUACGAACUUCGAUCUUUACUACAUGGAUUUUGCCUUCCAAGAAAUCACAGAGGAGUGGCAGAGAAGAGGCGGGCAGCCUUGGCAGCUCAUCGAACCCGUCGAUGGAUUUCACCCUAACGAGGUAGCUUUGCUGCUGUGGGCAGAUAGCUUCUGGAAAAAGGUGAACCUCCAGUGGCCUCAGAUCCUUGGAAAGGAGAACCCCUUCAACCCCCAGAUUGAACAGGUGUUUGGAGAUCAAGGGGGGCACUGAGCCCCCCGGGAACACACACUCCUGAGAGCUCAGGGAGGCAGAAACUCAGGGAAACCCAUCAAUUCAGUCAACAAAUGGUUAUGGGGGAUGCUGUGUCACAGGCCUGUAGAAACCUCUGUAGCAGCAUCUUGGCAAAAUGCGUUACUCUCAGUGAAGAGUCCAUCAAAAUGACAGUGCGAACCUGUGUACUUCUGAAAUCACUUUCCCAAUUUCCCUUGAACUGUCCCUCAAAUAGCCUUUAAUAAAGUUUGUUAGGUGUCAUUCCAAGCAAGAAGAUUAUCCAUGCUCUUUACUAGAGCUAAAUGUUCCAAAAGAGGGGCUUCUAAAAAACAUAUAGUAAAAAUCCAGCAAUGUUCAACAACUUACCCCAGGCCUUGGUGUGUUGUGGGUCUGAUCCUCUCUUUGUGGCUGACGUUUUAAAGAUGGUCCAGCAAGUUGAGGCUUCUCCCAGGAAGUCUGCUGGCUGGCAGUUUUAUGGGCCCCUUGUUAAAAAAAAAUACAAAAUUAUAAAUACAAAAUUAAGUAUAAACUUGAAUAUUUAUGGGAAAAGAAAUCACAACAAAUUACAAAUUUUAAAAGAUGACAAGUACUUUAAAUGCUACAAAAAUCCAGAAAAAUGACAAUUGUUUUUCUUUACAAAGAUUUUCUUACAUCCUUUGGCUGCCUGAUAUGAUCACCUCUUCCUAUAACAAUGAUUUUGUGUUGACAUUUUCUACACAAAGAAUAGAAAAUUAAAAUUUGUUGCUUAUUACUGAUGGUUUAGAAGAGUUUUGUUUUUUUUUUUUCCUCAUCUGUGCAACCCAUUAUGGACAAAGACAUAGAUUUUCAGGAUGGUUGUCAAAUUGGGAAAACCUCCAGCAAAUUUCUUUACAUAUGGGUUAUUAAAGAUACACUCUCCAAAAACAUAAAAAAUAAAUGAAAGACACACUCUCUAUUUGUAGUACUGCCACAGGUUUGUGUACAUAUAAGCACAGGAGUGCCAAUAAACUAUU